AUGAAGCGGGUCGAGAUCGAUAGAGAUCCGGUGAUUCCUUUGACUCGAUUAGAACAAACAAAGGUACUUACGAUUUCAGACUCGUUUUUGGCGACGGUCCGUUAUUUGGGAGAGAAAUUGAGUUGUUCAGAAAGUUCAGCUCAAGAUAUCCUUCUUCGCCUCGAUCAGUUGGCCGAACCCCGGUCGACCCGCGACCACGAACGGUUUGCUCUGGCCAAAAGAAGAGGAAUUUGGUUUGUGACGGGGACUCUAGAGAAGAGUGAACUUCCCGAAGCGGAGAGACAUCCGAUCUUCCUCGCAAAAUCAUCUCGUAUCUUACUAGGCGGGCCAAAAAGUCUUGACAUGUCUGCACAGUGCGCCGUCGUGCAUGAAAUUUGUCGCGCGGCGACAAGAAAAAUUCACGGUGCAAUGCGACACCGCCCAGUGCAAAAAGAUUGUUUUGAAAAAGGGUAAACAACGCACAGUGCGCUCUUCAUUCGCACCCCGCCAAACUUUUAUCGCGCGACACCUCGUCGCGACACCGAAUUCAUGCGCCCGCACGGUGCGAAAACACGUCAAGACUUUUUGGCCCGCCUAGUACCCAAGCUAUUGGCCGAUCUCCACUCUCGCCCCAUAGGCACUUCCUACAGUCUUUUUUAGGGUACCCACCUGCCCUAAGCCCCGUAUCGAUUGAGUUUGUGUUACUCCGAACUGUCGUCGACCCAAAAAUUGGUAUCAAUUACAAUGAUAAAAAAUUCAAUUUUGAGACUUUCGGUAUAUGAAAUGCAAAAAAUGCAAACCAAAUAAACAACCAAACUCCUCUGAUUUCUUGUGUAAUAAACAAAAACAAUCAAGGGUUUCAUAAAUUUCAUUUUUAUUGGGCCAUCAAUCAAUUACAUAUACGGACGAUCGGAAUGGGAGAGACGAUUCUGUUCUUCUCCCAUAACCAGUGAUGUACAAGGCUCUAACAUAUUUCAUAUUGGUGCUUUAUGUUCUGACAUGUGACUGCCAAAGUUCCCAAAGUUCCAAAUUGUUUUGCCAGAAGCUGAUAGAAGAUACGAAUAGUCAAGUGAAUGCGAGGCCUAAUUUCAGAGAUCCGGUGGUUGCGGCGAGGAUGAGUUUGGCGAAACAGAUGGUAAGUUAUGUUUGUAUAAUACAUUUAAAGGGAAGCACGAUUACUGUGUUUGGUCGAUGUGAACCGUGAAUUUUAAUCGACGCCGUGUGACGAGUUUUUUCGCGCCGUGGCAUGUCGUAAAGUAAUGUCAAGACUUUUUUGGCCCAGUAAUUUAUCCUUUUGCUCGCAAGCUUAACUCCUAACCGGAAGCUUAUAUCAAAUACAUCAAGGCAUCUUCCGAUGCAGUUCAAUGAUCAUUGAUUUUGGGUUCUUUUUUUCUAUUCUUUGUAGAACUUGCCGAUCUCCCAUUUCUCAUCACCCGAGUGCUUCGACGGCGUUAUGAAAUGCCUCCAAAAACAGAAGAAAAAGGGAAUAUCAGAUCCGAUUCAGUGUUGUCAGCAAUGCUCUUGA